CCUUCCUCCCCAACUCCAAAAAGAGCGCCAAAGGCUCGAGAAGCUCUUUACAGUGGACACUGCAAUGCUGAAGAGGAUCACUAAACGGUUCGGCGAGGAGCUCGAGGAAGGUGAGUCUCUGAGAACUGGGCCAUCUGUCUCCUGGCAGUAGUGCUGAUCUUGGCACCAAUGCAGGCCUCCAGGAACAAGGGCAAAAUAUAGUGCGUUGGCACUUUGACAAUCCCUCAUUGCAUACACUGAUCAUACCCAUAUAGCCUAUGAACAUUACCUGGGUCACAUCACUUCCCACAGGCCAGGAAACAGGAACCUAUCUAGCACUGGACUUGGGCGGUACUAACCUGCGUGUAUGCCGGAUCACGUUAAAAAGUGGCGAUGCCGAAGUCGAGCAGGAGAAAUACUUGCUACCCUCGAGCACAAAAACAGGCACCUCGAACGACCUUUGGGAUUUUAUAGCAGAUUCCUUAGAGAAAUAUGUCGCGGAUCACCCAUCAGGCUCCGCAAAGGACGGGGAGCUACUCCCGCUUGGAUUCACGUUCAGCUAUCCAGCCACACAGGACAGAAUUGAUCAUGGACUUUUACAAACCUGGACCAAGGGGUGGGAUGUCAAUGAUGUAGAGGGAAAGGAUGUAGCGGCUUUGUUACGAAGCGCAAUCGAGAAACGGAAAAUCCCAGUCAAAUUGGUGGCGCUGAUCAACGAUACAACUGGCGCACUCAUUGCAUCUAGAUACAAAGAUCCAGAGACCAUUAUCGGCGCAAUUUUCGGCACAGGGUGUAAUGCUGCAUACAUUGAGAAAUGCAACAACAUCCCGAAGCUGAAAGCGUACGAUCAGAACAUCUCACAAGUUGGCACAGGCCAUGAAGAUGAUAUGAUGGCCAUAAAUUGUGAGUAUGGGGCGUUCGACAACUCACACAAGGUACUCCCUCGCACACCCUACGACGAAGCAAUCGACAAAGAAUCACCGCGCCCAGGAGAGCAGAGCUUCGAGAAGAUGUCCGCCGGCCUGUACCUCGGCGAGAUUUUCCGGCAGGCAGUGGUGGAUAUGUGGCGGAGAGGUGUACUAUUCCAAUCAGAUCAGGGGCGGGCUGACCAGAACGGGAACGAAAGAAAGAGCCUCGAUGAGCCAUACUCCAUGGACACAGGGUUUCUGUCACAGAUUGAAAAUGACGAAUCCAAAGAGCUGGCUGACUCAAGAAGAUUAUUUGAAUCAACAGUCUACCUUCCGACUGGUGAGAACAAAUCGAAACGUCUGUCGCCUUCUAGUGAGGAACUUCUUUUUCUGCGACACCUUGCACAACUCAUUGCUGUUCGUGGCGCCAGGCUAUGCGCAUGCGGUGUUUCAGCGCUGUGCAAGCGGCAAGGUUCGACGACCGGACAUGUUGCUGCAGAUGGUUCCGUAGCGAUCAAGCACCCGCACUUCCGAAGACGUUGGGAGGCGGCAGUGGCCGAGAUUCUAGACUUGGAGGUGGGAAAGAUCCAAUUGACGGCUGCUGAAGACGGAAGUGGCAUUGGAGCAGCAGUCAUUGUCGCGCUAACGAUGGCCAAAUAAAACUUCGAAUGAGGCAAAACAAGACAAGACAUCAAAACUGAUCGCGAGCAGAUAUCGACUUCAUUUUCGAAGAUAUUCAUCCUUUCCCUUUUUGGCAACAUUCGCGGGCAGAUUGCGGAGGAAUCUGCAAGAGGAAACGACGGAAGUCACUUCGCUUCAGGCGUCCCGCACCAUCAUAAUAUGUCUCGACUCGAAAUCGGCCGAACUCCCAACCA